GUUGACUUUCUAUAAUUUACAACACCAACUCACAGGAAGCUAGAGAGAGAGAGGGAGCGGUUUUAAUUUUCUUUUCCCCCAACUGGGAACCAACCAAUCAAGCCAUGGCUGACCAAAACCCAACCCAUAUCAAAACCCCUCCCUCCCCCUCCCCCCUCUCCCUCUCCCUCCUUUCAUUCUCCAAGCCUCUCAAAUUCCCCUCCGUCCGGCGAUGAAUCCCGCCAACAACAGCACCGCCACCGACGGCGGAUUCCUCGGAUCCCAGAACAUCGGCGGGUUCGGGUACGGAAUCGGGGUCUCCAUCGGCAUCCUCCUCCUAAUCACCACCAUCACUCUCGCCUCCUACUUCUGCACCCGCAACAACCAGCACGCCUCCUCCUCUGCCGCCGCCGCUUCCCCGCAGCGGAGGGAAUCGUCGGAGCACGUGGCGAUCGAGAUCGGAUUGGACAGGGCGACGCUCAAGAGCUACCCGAAGCUGCUAUACGCGGAAGCCAAGCGGCAGAAGAAGGACACCACGGCGUCGUGUUGCUCCAUCUGCCUGGCGGAUUACAAGAACACCGACGUCCUCCGCCUGCUGCCCGACUGCGGCCACCUCUUCCACCUCAAGUGCGUCGACCCCUGGCUCCUCAAGCACCCCACGUGUCCCGUCUGCAGGACGUCGCCGCUGCCGUCUCCUCUCUCCACGCCGCUCGCCGAGGUCGUUCCGCUUGCCAGCAGGCCGCGCGGAUAGAGUUAGUUGCGCUUCCAGAUUAAUGACGUAAUUAAUUUAAUUGCUCCCAUUCGAAUAUGUUCGACUCUCCUCUUUUUCCUUGUAAGAUAGAAUAUAUUUCUUCCCAAAAGGAAGAAGCAUUUUAUGUUACUACAUACACAUUACACGGUAAUAUUCGGGACAUAAUUGUAAAAUGUAGGUUAGGGUUAAUUAAGGGAAUUACUUUCA